CCCCGCCCACUGUUUGAGGAAGCAGCUCGCCACGCUACCUCUGUUUUGUUUGGAUUCAUCGAGAGCCGCAUUAAAAACGGUUACAGAGCGCCAGAAAGCCACGUAGUCCUCAAUGAAUCUGCCUCAGGUUUCCUUCUGUGACUAAACGCAGAGCGCUAAAGCAUUUUCUCACUUGGAUUCAACCUCACUCGGAGGCGAGUUCCCAUCGCCUCUCUGUUUUUCCAGUGAGGCCUUGUGACAGAGCGCAGCCAUGAGUGAUCUGGAGAGGACCCUGAGCCAGGACACCUUCGAGCAGGUUUGGAAUGACAACAUGGGUUUGAAUCACCUGCUAACAGAGCUGCCAAGAGCUGACAGUGAUGCCUGGCUCAUGGCUGCCUUGCCCAGUGACACCUUCAGUGAGAACUUUGAUCACCUGGAGCUCACAGAAGACCCUGAGAGUGCUGGCAUAGCUUCUCCGAUCCUAGACAGUCUGCCCCCUCCAGCUGCAGUGGUGCCUUCCACCAGUGACUAUCCUGGAGAAUAUGGCUUCCAGCUCCGCUUCAACCAGUCCAGCACAACCAAAUCUGUUACCUCAACGUAUUCCACAUCUUUGAAUAAACUGUACUGCCAGCUGGCAAAGACUUGCCCGGUUGAUGUCCUGGUGGAGAAAGUUCCUCCUCAGGGAGCAGUGCUAAGGGCCACACCCAUUUAUAAGAAACCUGAGCAUGUGUCAGAGGUGGUGCUGCGCUGCCCUCAUCACCAAAAUAUUGCUGAGAAUAAUGAAGGCAUGGCCCAUCGCAGCCAUCUUAUCCGUAUGGAGGGAAGUCAGAAGGCUCAGUAUCUAGAGGACUCAAACACCAAGAGGCAGAGUGUUACUGUUCCCUAUGAGUAUCCGCAGCUGGGUUCAGAGGGAACCACUGUCUUACUAAAUUAUAUGUGCAACAGUUCUUGCAUGGGAGGCAUGAACCGCAGGCCCAUUCUUACCAUAAUGACUCUUGAGACACAUGAUCGGCAGGUUUUAGGUCGACGUUCUUUCGAGGUCCGUGUGUGCGCCUGCCCUGGACGUGACCGCAAGACUGAAGAGCAAAAUCCCAACAAAAAAACGUUGAAGACAGCCACAGGAAUUAAGAGAAAGUCUCCAGGCACAGAAUCAGCCCUCCCCUCACAACAUGCUGAAUCAAGUAAAAAGAUCAAGAUUGACUCCAGUUCUGAGGAGGAAAUCUUUCAUUUGCAAAUCCGUGGAAGAGAGCGGUUCAAUAUGCUAAAAGCAAUUAAUGACGGUUUGGAGUUAAUGGAUGUGAUGCCUACUGAAGAUAUGGAGAAAUACAGAAGGAAGAGUACUUUGAAGAACUUGAAAAAGAGUGGAAAGGACCAUCAACAGCCAAGCCGUGGGAAAAAGCUGCUUCAGAAAGAUGAGAAGACAGACACUGACUAAAAAUGAGCCCCUUUCUCUUAUUGUUCUGUUUUGUGUGAACGUUUCUUCACUUUUUAUGUUCAGCGUGUUUCACUGCCUUAUUGAAACUUUAGAAAUGGCUGACAAAUUAAAGGAAUAAACAACUUUCCUAACAGAUUGUGCAAGUCUCUGGAACUGUACUGGAGCAAUUGAACAUCUUCCCCUAAAAUAAAUGUGAUUUUUGUUGUUGUUUUUGGAUUAUGGUAUUGAUUUGCUCUGAGCCUUCAUUCUAAAAGGACAGAUGGAUUUUAAUGCCACCAAAAUACCUUUACACCAUUCAGUGUUUUCCUUUAAUUUGUCACCCUGUGUCUAUAUGCUUAAAGCUUUCCUAGAUUGCAUGUCAGUGCAGCAUUUGAUGCCUCAUUUUAAUACAUUUUUUAUAUAAAUCUUGUGAUUCAUAAGAUGGAUUAAAAUAUUGUGCUAAUGCAAAAGCUUUUAUCGCUGAGGCUUUGCUAAGUGAUCAUGUGCUGUGUGGUACUUGAUGUCAGCUCUCUCAGGUCAGUUUUUGUAAUAGACAGAUGUAUUUUUCCAUGUCCUUCUAUUUUUUUGUAUUUUCUAGUCAUUCCAGAUAUAUUUUUACAUGACAAGCUGUUUUUUUUGUAUUCUGUUGUUUUUUUAUGAGAUUUUUUGCUGUAAGCACUCUGUCUUGUUCAGUGAUAACAAUGAGUUAAGCCAUGUUUAUGUCCACAUAUACAAAUCCUAACAGCAGUUCAUGUUCUUUUAUAUUUUGCUACAUAAAAAUUGCAUGUCAAGAAAGCAAAUAAAGAAAUAAAAAGGCGA